CACUCAGCUGUCAGCUGGAAGGUUAAGAACGUAUAGCCUACCUAGGCAACGCCAGAAAGAAAAAAAAAUUAUAAUUUCAUUGCGUGGUUUAAGUGAAGAGAUAGUACGUCUCAGAAAGCAUGAGCUGUGUAAAUUAUGGUCGGGUGGAGAAGCAGCAGUGACACACACUGUGUGUGCUCUCUAGCAGUUGUAGCUCACUGAAAGUGAUGCGUUGUGUCGUCAAGCAACCAGAGCACGAACACUGACUGCUGUUUCACAAGGCUGUGCACUCACCCCGACAUAUCAGCGAGAUUUCAGCGCCGGAUAUUAGCAAACGUGGCCAGACAUUCACCGGUUGCCCUUCAGAGAGGUCUCCGAUGGCCGAAAACCCGUCUGUGUGUCUGUGACAGUGAGCAGAAGGGAAACUACCCCCAUAUCACACACACACACACACACACGCGCGCGCGCGCGCACACACACACGGGAAACGUCAUCAGCAUUUUCCUGUAGUUAAAUGGUCGAGACCGAGGAGGUCACUGGCGAAAAAAGGAGAAUUAAAAAAACGAUAUUCAAAGAAAUAGAAGGAAUUUUUAAAAUAAGGAGUCAACAUAUACUGGAUUAGGCUUCCUAAAUGGGGGAUUACAGUUUUGGAGUCCUGGUUAAAAACAACACGUCUAACAAAGCCGUUUUCCCAGUCAGAAUCCACCCGCACCUGCAACAUCCGGUCCACCAGCCUUCAAGCCCACCUGCUUUCAUAAACAGUAAUACUCCAAGCAGUGGUGGAAAUGCAGGCUCCGCUUGGCUUUUCCCUGCUGUAACAGCCCAUGCUAAUACGCAAGAUGAGAUACUGGAGUCUGACAAAACCAAGGCCCAACAGCAGCAACAAGAAGACCAAGAAGGACAGGAAAAGCGACCUCGUACGCCUCAGGGCCACCAAGAAACGGUGAACAUCAUGUCUGAACUGGAAAACACCAUGCCAGAGGAAGGCCAGCUGGACAAGGGGGGUGUAGAAAAUGGCAAUGGAAAAGAAGGUCUGCGAAUUGAAUCUCCUGUGUUAUCGGGGUUUGACUAUCAAGAGCCUGCUGGCAUUGGGACGUUGGCACAGUCCAGCAGCUCCUCUUUGCCCGGCUUCAGCAGCUGGUCCACGGCUAUUCCCGCCAAUCCUUCUGCCAUGAUGGAAGAGGUGGGUUUCUUUAGCCAAACUGCCACCACUGCUAACGCUGCCCCUCCAUUGCUGUUCCAAAACUUCUCUCAUCAUGCAAGUCCUGGGUUUGGGGGGAGUUUUUCCCAUCAGAUUGGCCCACUGUCCCAGCACCACCCUCCCCCUCACUUCCAGCACCCCCACAAUCAGCACCAGCAGAAUCGCAGGUCACCCGCCAGCCCACACCCUCCUCCCUUUAACCACCGCAACGCUGCAUUCAGCCAGCUGUCUCAUUUGGGGAGUAACCUAAAUAAACCGCCUUCGCCAUGGGGAAAUUAUCAGAGCCAAUCCUCCACCCUUUCCUCCAGCUCAUGGAGUCCAGGUGGAGGUUAUGGAGGAUGGGGAGGCUCUCAGGGGCGAGAAUACAGACGAGGCCUGAAUGGAGGCAUGACUGCAAUUAACUCCAUUUCACCACUGAAGAAAUCCUUCCCAAACAGCCAGGCUUCUUCACAGAAGUAUGCCCGCAACAGCACAAGCUUCAACUCCAAGCCAUGGAUGGAGGAUAGCAUAAACCGCAAUGACAGCUUCUUUCCUUUUCAGCAGGAGCGCAGUCGGUCCUUUGAUGGCUUCAGCAUGCACUCUCUGGAGAACUCACUGAUUGACAUUAUGAGAGCUGAGCAGGAUUCUUUGAAAGGUCGCUUUGGCUUUUCCCAUCCACCUGAGGAGGGCUCUCUCUCUGGGAAUGCAAGGAAUUAUGGAAGACGACGAGGUCCCUCGUCCCUGUUCCCCAUGGAGGACGAACGCAGUUUUGGGGAUGAUGAGAGGUCUGAGCAGACUCUUGGUGGUCUAGGUUCCCCACACUGCUUUCCUCAUCAGAACGGUGAGCGUAUCGAACGCUACUCUCGCAAAGUGUUCGUUGGUGGACUACCUCCUGAUAUAGAUGAAGAUGAAAUCACUGCUAGUUUCCGUCGGUUUGGACAUUUGUUUGUGGAUUGGCCUCACAAAGCAGAGAGCAAGUCCUACUUUCCACCCAAAGGUUAUGCAUUUCUACUGUUUCAAGAGGAGAGCUCAGUCCAAGCGCUGAUAGAUGCCUGCAUGGAGGAGGAAGGGAAGCUCUACCUGUGUGUGUCAAGCCCCACCAUCAAAGACAAGCCUGUACAAAUCCGUCCAUGGAAUCUGAACGACAGUGAUUUUGUGAUGGAUGGCUCUCAACCUCUGGACCCCAGGAAAACCAUCUUUGUUGGAGGAGUGCCACGACCUCUUCGAGCAGUGGAGCUGGCGAUGAUUAUGGACAGGCUGUAUGGAGGGGUGUGUUAUGCUGGCAUUGACACUGACCCUGAGCUGAAAUAUCCUAAGGGAGCCGGACGCGUGGCCUUCUCCAACCAGCAGAGCUACAUCGCUGCUAUCAGCGCUCGAUUUGUGCAGCUGCAGCAUGGCGAAAUUGAUAAACGGGUGGAAGUGAAGCCAUAUGUCCUGGAUGACCAGCUGUGUGAUGAGUGCCAGGGCACACGCUGUGGGGGCAAGUUUGCACCCUUCUUCUGUGCCAAUGUCACCUGUCUGCAGUACUACUGUGAAUACUGCUGGGCAGCCAUACAUUCGCGUGCAGGGCGAGAGUUCCACAAGCCCCUGGUAAAGGAGGGAGGAGACCGGCCUCGCCAUAUCUCCUUCCGCUGGAACUGACCCAGCACACGGGAUGACUGACCUAGCAUACAUGCACUUUUCCUCUUUUUGUUACAUUCCUUUUAUUUGGAUUUCUUUUUAAAGUCUAAAAUUUAAUUUAUUCUAUGUUUUUAAGUUUUGACUAUGAAAUAAUGACUAUAAAAGAAGUGUAAUCUCAGUUUUUUUUUGUUUUGUUUUUUUUGUUUUUUUUGCCGGACCGCCAAAUAGGUCGGCCAAGAAUAGUAAAUAUCCCUAACUGACUGAAUGACUGACUAAUUGAUUCCUUAUUGUUGAAUCGUGCAUGCGAAAGAUCUUAAAGGGUUCUCACAUAGUUUAGAUGCCGAUUUUUGGUUUGGACUGGCAGUAUGAACAAUUAUUUAUUUAUUUGCUGAAGCUGCAAUAUUCACAUGCAAAAAAAAAAAAAAAAAAAAAAAAAAAAAAAAGUUUAAAAACAGUGAACAUUGCAUGCAGCAAUAAAUGGCUGCCAUACAUUGGUACUCUGCUAAUCAAAGACAGGCACUUAUACAGACACUUAAACAGAUUAAUCACAUCCAAGAAUGAUUAUUUUCUUUGGUGUUAGUUGACUAAUAGCCAACAUGGCUAAGUUUACAACUAAGGAAUGAACAUAUCAUAUAUCUCUCAGUCACACUAGCUAAUAUGAAAUAGAUUCAAGCUUAGAUUUGCCCACAUCAAAUUUUAUACUUUCACCACUGUAUAGCCACUUAGCAUAAUGCUUUUGGUAACACUGAGCAACAUAGCUAAUAAAAGCUAUCUAGUAAGAAAAAGAAAAUUGCUAGAAACCUGGAAUAGGCCAAGCAACAUGCUAUAUAACAGAAAUAUAAGAUCUAUAUUCCUGUAUUUCCAUGAUCUACAUUUUACAUCACAUACAUUUAGAUAAGAUACUUACCAAAUUAUUUCUUUAUGUCUCAUUGACAUUCAACAUGGAGGAAGCGCAGAGUCACCUGGAACCUGCAUAUACAAGUUGACCAGGAAGUCAUUUAUCACCCUGUUGGCUGCAUUUGCGGUCCGGCUAACCUAGAUUAAUGAAGUUUUAAUUUAAUGAACGUCUUAAUUUGGUGUGCAUGAAAACUUGAAUGCUUUAGACUUUUCAUUAUAGAUGUUUAGAGUGAUGACUCAAAAUUGCUGUUUUACUUUUAUCAUACUACUGUUGAGACCUUGCCUUUUUGUUAUGAUGGGUCGCAUUUAGGACAUAGACAGAACUACACUUUAAGACAGUAGUUGACUGGGUAGAGGCAGGAUCAUUAAAGGUGCAUUUCACUGUAAUUAAAAAAAAAUUUAAAUAUGGUGUUGACUAGUUUUGAGACCGCAAGCUCAAAUAGUUGCACAAAUAAACACAUGUAGUAACUAUUCUAGCAAGAAACACUCGGACCUUACUAGCAAGAGACCAAACCUACUGUAAAACUAACAAGAUGCAGGUUUUUAAAAGGCUGUUUGAGCAUCACUGGCAUGUUUAGGUGGAAUUGCGUUGGCCACUGAGGCAGACAUACUGCUAAUAAUCUACAUAAAUAUGCAUAUUAAUUUCACUCACUGCAGGCACUUGCAAUCACUUUAACAUGAUCAUCUUGGAUUAUACUCGCAUGAUGUGCUCAGUAUAUGUCUAAAGAUCUCAAGGAGUAAGCACACUGUUGUGUUGCCUGUUCCGCAGGUCAGACUGACCAAAGAUAAGCCUUAGAGAUAACAAAUGUCUUGACCUCCCUGAAAUUACUGUUGUGCAAAGCAAGUAAGGCAGACUAGUGUUCAUGUCAUUUGAUAAAAAACACAUCUAAUAAGAUUACUUAAGAAUAAUAAUGCUUGUGAUGGUAACAGCGGUAACAUUGCUCACUUGUCAGGGAAUUUGUGCAAAUAUUGUAGUGCUAAUGAGAAUUACCAUGUGGUGUAUUGAUAGUGCUUUAUUGCAUGUUUUUUUUUUUCCCAAGAGUUUUUGCCGUUCUAAUUGAGCAGUGUAGUAGCUGAACGCAUUUUGAAGAAUUUUCUGUCACAGAGAAACAGAUAUUGUUUUAUAUAUGGUAUGCUAAUUUUUGUACUGUGUUUUCUAGAUGGUUAUUUUCUCAUUAACAUAAACAUAUGCACUACUUUUUCUAUAUAUUGUUUUUUCAAGUCAUUUAGGCACUUUUUUUCCACAAACAAAAUGUCUUUUUGCAAUACCUCAUUUUUUUUUUUUUUUCUCUCAAUUGUUGGGUAUAGAUUUUGUACCUUUGUUAUGAAGACACCUGGAAAUAAGGCAAGAAUUAAGAAAGUAAAACAAAAAAAAAAUAAUAAUUUUCAAUUAAGCUUUUUAUAAAUAUAAUCGCAGGAGUAAAUAUUGACUUAUAAAAAGAAGGAAAUCUUGAAAUGUGUCACACCAUUAGAAAUAUAUAAAACACCAACCUGCUAUUGAUAAUGAAAAUGAUAUUACGUUCCUCGUUAGUGAUUGUGGAAAUAAAAUUAUGAGCAAUGUAAAUAAGGUUUAUGAUAGACUGUACUUUGUACCACAAUUAGGAAUGUUCCGUAGUGAAAUAUCAAUGCUUAUCACUAUAGAAGUAUAUAUAAGUGUACUUGUACACUACCUGUCAAAAGUGUGGACAUACCUGCUCAUACAUUACUAUUAUUAUUAUUAUUAUCAUUAUUAUUAUUAUUAUAUACUAUUUUUGACUAUUUCAAAUAAUAAUGAGAACAUUAUAAUUAACACGAUGAAAUAACACAUAUGAAAUUAUGUAAUGACAAAGAAAUAAUUUUAAACAAAUCAAAACUAUUUUAUAUUUUAAAUUCCUACACAUUAUUCCUGAUCUUACACACACUUGGCAUCUUCUCAACCAGCUUUACUAGCUUUUGUUAAACUUCCAAAAUCGUCCCAGCUCCUCACUGCUUCUCUAAAGUUUGAAAUAAACACUACUUUUUUGGGGGAAACAAUUUCAUUUAAUUUUAAGUAAAACUACUUAAGUACUCAUUCAGAAAUCUGUCUGAAUCACUAACUUUACCAUUUACAUUUGUCUUAGAAACAAAUUUCAACCAUAUAAUAUAUAUAUAUAUCUUCAUAUAUAUGACAUCUCUUACAUCUUCAAGACAAAUGUAAAAUAUUUAUUCACCCUCUUGUGUGCAAACUUUUGACUGGUAGUGUAUAUACAUUAUAAUAAGCAUAAACCCGAAUGCAAGAAAGGCUAAUAUAUGUAUAUUAAUAUGCAUGAGCUAAAGUUAAGCUAAUAUUGUAUGAUAUGGCUUCAAUAAAAUCACAGUAAUGUUUUAUGUAACUUCUUCCAACCUCACUGAAGUAUAGCUUUCUUGUUCUCAAGAUGGGUAAACUACAAUAUUAGCUCUCACCAGUAUACUCCAACCUUCAGAAUCCCAGACCUCAGAAAGAGUCUUUUUUCUUUUGUCAUAAAGCCCACAGUGAUUCGGGCCUCUGAGACUUGAAUGUGAUAGAUCUCGCAAAAUAACCUCAAAUUAUGUGCAAUAUGGUUCUCUCCAAAACCAAUCUCUGCAGUGUAUUUCUUGAGUUGCUCACAGACCCACCUCCUCUCAUUAUAACCUCUUCUUCAUUCUGAUUUUUACUAAAAUGCCACUAAUACGUGUAAAAAAAAAAAAAAAAAAAAAAAAAGUUAUUUUUUACUUUUUGUGUAUUCACAUAUUUUCCUACUUAAUUUUAUGCUACUGUGAUUAAAAUAAUUGUAAAUAUCCAGUGAAGAACGUAUGAAACGUUAUAUUUUCAAUUGGAAUGUUGAACUUUUGUCAUUGAAACAUAACUAGCGAUUGGUAAAAUGGUACGCUUAUUAGAAUUUCAAGUUUUAUUAAUCACAAUAUUGUGCAUCAUGUCUACAGAAAAAUAAGAAAAGUAUCAGAAUAUUCUUGGUGUAACUGCUAAUUUAAAUUGACAUAGUUUAUAACUAUCAGAAGGUUGUAUUUAUCAAUAGAUUUUUAUAAGAGGUCUAAUUUUUUGCUAUGCCAUUUAUAAGUUUAGAUUUUCUUUUUUUUAUAUAUUUUACCACCAUAUGGAAUUGUGGGAAAGAAAUCAUUGUUUUAUAGUCCAGUUAGUCAGUGUACUGUUGUAGGUGAGUCCAACGUCUUAAUUAUUUGCAGCCAGCUAUUUAUAACAGUAUGCCUAAUUUUUAAGUAUUUGUAUUGUGAAAUGUUGAAUGAAUAAACUUAAUAGCAAGAA